CUGAGGCCAUGCCUGGAACGUGGUCGACUAGGAUGCUGCUCGUCGUCUUUCAAUCCAUGCAUCUGUGUCGUGGGAACUCUUCGGAUUGGUCAUACGAUGGGAAACAAGGUGUCGGUUCCUGGUCCAAACUGAGCGUGGGUCCAUCUGAAAACAAAUGCGCCAGCUACAGCCAGUCGCCGAUCCACAUCAAAGUGAGGAGCACGAUAUGUGCCGACUCUCUGGGACCGAUGCGGUACAUCAACUACGACGAACCGCUGUACAGCCCCGACAUCGUCAACAACGGCCAUACCGUGCAGGUGUCCGCACCGCACGACCGGUACCACGGCAUACGGCUGCCCCACCCUGCCUCUACGUUCCGGUUCCUGCAGUUUCAUUUCCACUGGGGAAACAGUUCGGCCAGGGGAUCCGAGCACGUCGUGGACGACAACAGCUACUCCAUGGAGAUGCACCUGGUACACAUGAACACAAAAUACACGUCCGUUGAACAGGCCUCGAAGCACGGUGAUGGCCUGGCAGUUGUUGCUGUCCUUUUUAAGGUAGGACAAGUGGACAACCUUUACUUUGAUGUGAUCGUGGACGCUGUGAGACAAGUUCAGACCGGAGAGAACGUGCACAUGAAUGUGACAAAACCGGUCGUUCUGUCUCACCUGCUGCCGAAGAACGGAGUGGAUCACUUCCAGUAUUUCGGAUCGCUCACAACACCGCCUUGCUCGGAAGCCGUCACCUGGAUAGUCUUGAGGAAAGCUGUCACCAUGAGUGAACGUCAGCUAAGCGUCUUUCGCAAAGUGCAGGCCAGUGGUCCCGACCACGGGUCGUCCCACGCUCUGAUGGACAACUUCAGGCCGCCGAUGCCUCUGCACGGCAGAUACGUCCUGAGGAACUUCCACUGUCCCCAAUGCCAGCAGAGAAAGGAGAAACAGAGACUCAAGAUUCAGGAAGAGUACCAGGCCCAGUUGUUUCCUCCAUUUCAAGAGUAACGUGCGGCGCUGCGAAAGGCACGGAUGCGCGAACCUGUUUUAUAAACUGUGUUUUUAGAGUGCUCAUUAAAACUCGUACAUUUGUCGCA